CUCGGUAAGUCCAUUAUUGUAAUAUAUGCAUUGCCUUGUUUUUUAUUCCUCUUGUUUUUGUUUUUGUGGCAGUUGGCUGAUGCCAGGAGGACGCGGGGUGCCCGAGUUGAUGAUGGUACUGCCCAGAGGGAUAGAUCUCUCUAUGAGAUCUUAAAGGAGAACAAGGACAAGAGAGAUGUAGAAUUCAAUGAGCGGUUCAAGCAUAGACCACCCAAAGCUUUGGAUGAAGACGAGACUGAGUUUCUCGAUAAACUAGAGAUGUCAAGGAGAGAAUAUGAACAACAAAUGGCAGAUGAAGAAGCUCAGCAACUGCAGAUUUUCCAAGCAGCAGUAGCAUCACAGUCUACUAUUGUACAUGAGCUUAAGGAAGCACCCCCUGUUCCUAAGGUCCAGGAGCAAAAAUUAAUUGGGAGGAAGAAUCCGCCAGCUCGUCCAUCGAGUAUGAUUAUAAAAGUCAAGCCACAAGCAAAGAAGGCCAAGACGGAUAUGGCAAAGCUGGAAGAAUCUUUGGAUGUGGUAAAACCACCUCAUGUUGAUCCAGAAAAACCUUUGAACUUGGUAAAAAUACCUAAUGAUGGUUGUGGUCAGUCUCAUGUUAUAGGUAAUAAUGCUUUAGUUUCAUACAGCGUUGAAAGUGAUGAUGAUGACUAGGCUUCUCAGCUGUAUUUUGGAAGUAACUCAUUGUUAUAUACCCAGGAGUACGCAAAACGUUUUUGUAAGUAACUAAUCGUGAUGAUUACAUUGCAUUUUUGCUUAUCUUGUCUGAUUCCACACA